AUGCAAGUCAAUUUCGUGCCAGAAACAGUCGUGCCAGAAGGAGUUGGCACCUUGCGGAGCCAGCUCUCUCGGGAUAUUCUGCACGCUGCGAAUGCCACAUUAUUACCACCGAAGGCUCAAAUCCAGGCUUUUGCCGACUCCUACUUCCAGCACCUUUACCACCGUGCUCCAAUUGUGGACCACGAGGACCUAGCUGUGGAAGAACCUUCUAUCUUGUUAACACAGGUCAUUUGCCUGAUUGGCUCUCUUCUGCGGCACCCGGGGAUUCAAUCCACCGUAGAAGAAAGUGAACAGUAUUAUAACAAGGUGAAGGCCUUGCUAUAUACUAAUUACGAGAGAGAUCCGAGAUUAGUUCUCAAGGCUCUCUGUCUUCUCGGGUUUAGGAACAUAACACCACCGAAGGUGAUCAGUUUGGACUGCUCCUGGCAUUGGAUUGGAAUGGCAGCGCGUCUAGCUUACCAAAUAGGUCUUCAUCGCGAAUCUACCUAUUCGCAACUAAAGAAUCCGGGAAAUGCCCGAAGGAUCAUGUGGUUUUUGUUUGUGAGUUUCUACUUGAAGAUUAUCAGUCAUCUUGGCUAA